UACACCUGGUUCACAAAAAUGUAAUAUGCAGAAUGUUAUUUAGUUUUAUAUGUUUUGUAUCCCUAUAUUAUUUAUUUUUACAUAUGCCAGAACUUUAAAGGUUCUUGAAUUUUCAAAAAAAAAUCAUGUAACACAUGCGAUUCUGGUUAAUAUUAUUAGGUAUUUCCUCUGGUCGGUUCCUUAAAAAAAAACUAGUUACUUUAGUUGAAAUGCAGAUAUAUUAAAAAUAUUGGGGAUGGUGUAUCGAUUGAGAAUUAAAGUUUCUAUAGUUAGACAGGUAACUUCUUUUUAAACCGCUCAAAAAAAAAAUCAGUCGAUAAUCCCUGUCAGUCAUACGAGCGUGUUGUCAAAAAAAUAUCAUCCGUCAAAACAUCCUCAAUUUCCGCGUAGGUAAAGAUGACGUAUCAAGCCGCCACUCUUCCAAAAAGCGCCCAGAAAUUAAGGCGCAUUCUCCCGCUUUUCAAUAGGAUUCUGGUAAAGCGCGCAGAUCCUCUCAAGGAAUCCAAAGGUGGGAUUGUGUUGCCCGAGAAUCCCAAGAGUAGGAUUUCGAGAGGUACGGUAAUUGCUGUUGGGCCUGGCACCAGAACAGAAAAUGGCAAACAAAUUCCUGUUUGCCUUAAACCCGGAGAUGAAGUUAUUUUACCAGACUACGGGGGAACGAGAGUUGAAAUGGAAGACGAAGUUUAUUUCGUAUUUCGCGAACCGGACAUUCUGGCCAAAAUCAAGGAAUAAUGGAGAUUUGGUCAUUUGCAACGAAAUUCUACAGUGGCGUCUAUUGUCCUAGUUUUUGUAAAAUAAAUACGAAAGCAAUUAUUUCACGAAUACAUUUGGCCGUGACGAUCUCUUUACGAGGCGUUUGAAAAAAUAUCAUAAAGAAAUUUAACAUCACCUUAUCCUCUGUAUAAGUCGUGAUGAACAAAUAAACAAAAUAAAGAAGUGCCGUUUCUCAAAACCCAAAAACACGUUUAGUCCAAAAAAAACUUUAG